UUUUUCUAAGCCUGGGGAAAACUCGGCAAGAGCGAAUGGAGUAUUUGGACGAUCUAACUCGAGAGAGACACGACUGGCGACCCGUCCUAUUCAAAUGUCUACAAAUCGCACUACGUGAUGUACGCGGAUAUGACUACGACACAGAUCAGAAGAAAUGGAUCCCAAACAAUCGGCAAGCGAAAAGGUCUGUAGCAGACUUGGAAGACGAAUUCCCAGCACAGUCACAACAAGCACCGUCGCAGCAAGCACCGUCGCAGCAAGCACCGUCGCAACAAGCACCGUCGCAACAAGCAUCGUCGCAACAAGCAUCGUCGCAACAAGCAUCGUCGCAACAAGCACCGUCGCAAGAAGCCCCCUCGCAAGCAGUCCAAGCACAGCCAGAAGCAGUAUCAAAGUCAGCCAAGCCGCGACCUCAACGAGUGUUGCCAGUCCGUCGUCGAAUACGGUUUGAAGAUGAAAGUCCCUAAUCCUUCCCAUAAUUUUAUGUCUAUUCUGCUCAAUGUUCCAUUUCUCCCAUUUUUUUCACAUCUCCGCUCAUUAUAUGGGAUUGUUUCGAAAUAGCCCGAUUACUGAUUUUGUUGUACUUGAUCGAUUCAACUGUCUCAAACGCUGUAUCAUCUCAA